UAGAUAAUAGAGCACAGAAAUCUAUUAUCUAUGGUCAAACUAAUACUGUGUGUUCAUAGCUGGAAUAAUAGAGCUGAGGGUGGUUAUUUUGGCUGGGAAGCAGUUACCUACCCACUUCAAUUGCUAACUGUAGACAAGACACAUUACUAGGGGGUUAUAUAAAAAGCUUGCAACCACACUGUAGCUAUUAAGUGAGCUAGCUAUAAUAGUAAGAAAUAGAGAUGCCACUCUCCACUAAUGCAAGGAUUACUCUGUUGCUGGUUGUGAUUGAUCUGUGCACACUGGUGUCAGGUGUUCUUGUUCCCAUGGGGUUUCACUCAGUCUGUGAGAAAGGAGAGAAAGGAUUAAGGGGGUACCCUGGGCCUGCAAUUUACAGAGCAAACAAGGGUGAAAAGGGUGUUCCUGGUGUCUGCCACUCCAGAUGUACCAACUCUUUGUACCUGGGAAUAUGCAGCCAGAUCACAGCCAGUCUGGGGGACGAAGCACAUGAAAAUACAGAUGACACGGACAAGAGGAGUGCUUACAGCUUUAAUCCUGCCUUGUUGUACAAACUCAGAGUAGGAGUACUAACUGUGGAUCAGCUCAGUGUGAUCGAAGCUAAGAGUAUACUGCAGUCUUUCUGCCUUGGUGGUACCGAAACAUUUGAGAAAGGACAAAAGGGAGAGCAAGGAAUCCCGGGGGUGGGGCUGAGAGGUGCGCCUGGACCUCCUGGAAUGGAUGGAAUAAAAGGAGACAAAGGAGACAUAAGUUACCCUACGAGUGAGCCAGUGGAGGGGCCAACGGGGGAGAAAGGGAGCAAAGGUGAUGAUGGGGACGUGGGUCCAGUUGGCAACACUGGUCAACCUGGACCAAGGGGUACUCCUGGUCCAAGAGGUGUAACCUUCAUUCGUUGGGGAGAGAGUCUGUGUCCUCCGCAAUCAAAGCUCCUACACAAAGGCCUUGCAUUCAAUGUUGGCAUGAACAACAACCUCCUCUGUGUGCCUACCAAUUCUAAACCCUCAUUCAGUAUUGGUAAAGGCUCCACCAAGCACAGACUGGUUCCAGUGUCGUACCCCAUUUACCAGCACCUUUUCAACCUCAAGUGUGCACAGUGUGAUGCUGAAAACAAGACCUCUAUGUUCGUGCAACUAGGAACUGGAGUGUGUCCUAGUGAAUGGUCUACUGAGUACAGUGGGUACGCUGUGAGUACCGCUAACUCUGAUGUGGUCUGCUUGAAUGGCAAGGUUGCUAAGGACAUUGACUGGAAUAGCAACCUCAACGAUCUGAAACUGAUAGAUAUUUCCUGUCCAACAUGCAGUGGUUAUUUGUCUGGAGAAACUGUAUUGUGUGCAGUUUGCACAAAGUGAUCACUGUUGUUAGGCAACACUCUCUUAUUAUUUUUUGCUGCUGUCCGUGGUAUGUGUGCCAAAGACAUUACAAUUUUUGAUGUUUAUAAUAACAAGCAUAGAUAAAUGCCAAUAGAUAUUUUAGCAUAAUGAUUCUAGUACUGUAUCAGUUCAGAUUAUGUACAAUGGUUCAUUCAUCAC